GACAGGGAGGGUUUUGGAAUUUGGCCGCCGUUUGCGUUUCGUGGGUGGGAGCAGCAGGCGCAGAAGCGGACGCGGAAGCAGCCAGCCCAGGCCCGAGCCGAAGCGGGGAGGCGACGCCGCCGCGCUGCCACUCGCCCUCCCGGGCCAGCGAUUCGCCGCCUCGCGGGAGCCAGUUUGGCGGCGGCGGAGGCGGGCGGGAGUUCCCCGGCGAGGGGUUCCGGCGGCGAGGAUGAGCGGCGGCGGCGGAGGGGGAGCGAGGGGGUCGGCGGGGCCGGUGCCGGCGUCCGCGAGGAAGCUGGUGCAGGGGCUGAAAGAGAUCGUGAACCGCCCCGACGCGGAGAUCUACGCUGCGCUGCGGGAGUGCGGCAUGGACCCCGACGAGGCGGUCAGCCGCCUCCUGUCCCAAGAUACUUUCCAAGAGGUAAAGAGCAAGCGUGAUAAGAAAAAGGAGGUUAAAGAAAUGCCAGAACCAAGAUCUCGAGGAGCAAGUAACUCAAACAGUCGAGGCACUAGAGGUGGUUCAGACCGUGCUGGACGAAGCAGUUCAAUUCAGUCUGGAUCCAGUGGCACUGAUUAUAUGGCAUCAAGAUCAUCGAUAUUGGGGCCUGCUGUGGCAGCAUCCAAUUCAACUCAGAAGCAAACAGUUCCAAGUUUGUCUGCAAACAAAGAUGUGGUUCCUAAUGGAUCAGUUGGAGCAGCACAAUCAUCAUCUGGAUUUCCGAACGCUUGGUGUGGGGUGCCAGGUCAGAUGUCAAUGGCGGAUGUUGUGAAAAUGGGUAGACCUCAAGUAAGGUCUUCUGGCAAGAUGGCAACAACAGACAUAUCAUACGCUGGUCAAACCCCAUCUUUGUCUAGCUCUGUAAACCAGAACUCAAAACAUUGUGCAAGCACAGCCCUGCCGACAGCGUUUGACCAGGGAUUUCCUGCUCUCCCAGACCCUAUUCCUCAGAAUGUGAAUUUUAGUCACGCUUCUGCUGAAAGCAACCAAAUGCAUCAGAAUGAUUGGUUUCCACAGGAUGAGCCACCAUCGAGAAGUCAAUCAAAAGGCAUUGAGACAUCUGGUGGCACAUCAGUAUCAGUUACACCAUUUGACUCAUCGGUGGUUGUUGUUGAUGCUGCUUACUCGCAAGAAAAUUCUCACACAGAAGAGAACAGCUCAACUAAACCAGCAAUAUCUUCUGAGAGGCACUUGGAAAUCCUUGAGGAGAAGAAUCAAUUCAAUGAUGGAUUAUUACAGAACUCAACUACGUACCAGGCUCAAGUGCAUUCAGAUGUUGAUAAUGAAGCCGUGGUUUCCAAUCUUGAUGCAGAAUCAGCUGCGGCAAACUUUCAGCAUCUAAGCCUACAGGAUGACGAUUUAGUUGCAACUAAGUCUACUGAAGAUAAUCCUGCGGUCAUACUACCUGAUCAUCUACAAGCAGCAAAUGCAGACUGUGCACACUUGAGCUUUGGUAGUUUUGAAUCAGGUGCCUUUUCUGGCUUGCUUUCAUCGAAGGUACCUAAAAGCAGUUUGGAGGAGGAGGUGCCUAUUCCAGAUGAAUCCCCAUCAGUUAACGAAAUAGAUGUUAGGAAUCAAGAUUACUAUGACAACGGUGCUCUAAAUCCUCCAGCAAAUGAGGAUGUUGAAACUGUUGAGACCAGAAUUGAUACUAACCUGGAAACUAUUGAUGGACCAUCAGUUUCAGAGCCUGAUGUACUGAGGCAGGGUGCCCUAGAUGUGCCUGGUCUUCAAUAUAAUCUGCCAUCGGUAUCAAGUCAUGCAUAUUCAAACACAACACAGCCAAGUGCAAUGGAUGAUACACAAGGAAACACUCAACCACAACAUCUUUCCCCCUUUUCAAGCUUACUGCAACCCAAUAACUUGUUGGGGUCAAACCUUGCUCCUCUUCGCGACUUCGACUUUUCACAGUUGCUUCAAACACAGUCAGCUACAAAAUAUAACCCACCUGUUGCACCUAGUAAUUUGUCUGGAAUCUCCAUGCAAGAGACCUUGAAACAAGGAGGCUUCCCCAACACUCAGUCUACGCAACAUGUUCCUAGUACGAGCAUCCCAUCAGGGCUUCCUGUCCCGCAGCAACUGCCUGUACAUCCAUAUUCUCAGCCAACUCUACCCCUUGGGCCCUUUGCCAGUCUGGUUGGCUAUCCGUAUAUGCCUCAGAAUUACUUCGUACCAUCAGCAGCCUUCCAGCAAGCGUACUCCAGUAAUGGACCUUUCCAUCAGUCUGCUGCUCCUGUGCCUGGAGCUGGAAUGAAGUAUUCAAUGCCACAAUACAAGAGCAGCCCUCCUGCUUCGAGCCUACCACAGCCAUCAUCACUCUCUGGUUAUGCUAAUAGUAUUCCUAGAAAUUUUAGCCUAAAUCAGGGUGCUCCCUCUGCGCCCACAAGUUUGGGGUUUGAUGAAGGUUUAGGGACACAAUUCAAAGAUCCCAAUCAUUAUGCGGCGCUACAGCAGAGUGAUAACUCGGCAAUGUGGCUUCAUGGAGCUGCCGGUUCUAGAGCAGCGGUUCCACCUGGCAACUUCUACGGUUUCCAGGGACAGAGUCAGCAGGGUGGCUUCCGCCAGGCACAGCAACCCUCUCAAUACGGUGGUCUUGGGUACCCGAGCUUCUACCAGUCGCAGGCCGGUCUGCCACAGGAGCACCCCCAGAACCCCACUGAGGGAAGCCUGAACAAUUCCCAGGCGGCACCGGCCCAACCAUCGCACCAGCUCUGGCAGCACAGCUACUAGACACCUGUGCUCUCGUGGGAGAAGCCUCUCUACACUGCCAGGUUAUCUGCAAGCCUUGGCAUGCCGCGCCGUGAAGUGAGCAGACUAUCUGAGCUGAUGUCUCGAGCGCUGCUGAGCAGAGGAUGAUCCAUCCAACAGCGUCGAAGUGUGUUUUUUCUUUUCCUUUUUUGCCAGUUGUUGCGUGUGUUUUUUAGACUAAUUUCAGCUGCCGUGUUUUUUUUUUUUACUUUGAUAGUGAGUGAUGUUGCAGAGGUGCUAUCUUGUAACGGUAAAGUCCUAACUCAUCUAACAGAUCUGCUUCUCAUACCUUGUGAUGUGCCAUUUUUGUCCC